GCUCCGCUUUGCAUAUAAAGCUUCCUGAUAGAUAAAAGCAAGGUACUCAUUUAUUUGACCGCCUCGGAUAACCCAGAACUAUAGAGAUUAGAUAAUCUGAUUGAUUUUUUUUCUGAUUUUCAAUUUGAAAAAAAAAACAAAAAAAAACUUGAAAUUAACGAAAAACUUUCAAACAGAAACUAAUAAUCCAUCUUAGAAAAGCUUUCUAGCUCAUUCGUGGUUCCUUUCGUGCUCGAAAUCAUUGAAAGUUUUUCCUUUCUAUAAACUUUAAUAGUCCUAAAGCAAAUAAAAAUCCUUAAAAAAAAAACAACAAAUUUUUUUUCAUAAAAAACAAAAUUCAUCCAAAAUAAAAAAAAUCCCCUUGUAUUUAUAUUUAAACGUUUCAUUUCUUAAAAGAGGUUAUUAAUCCAUAUACAUAUCAAUUUCCUCCGUGUUAUUUAUUAACAGUAUUAUAUAUUAUUAAUCAUGAGUCGUCAAUUUCCAUAUUCAAGUGCACCACUUCGUGCAGUUAAAGAAGUUCAAUUUGGGCUUUUGUCUCCAGAAGAAGUUCGUGCCAUUUCAGUCGCUAAGAUUGAAUAUCCUGAAACAAUGGAUCAAACAACUAAAAAACCAAGGGAUGGUGGUUUAAAUGACCCUAGAUUAGGUUCUAUUGACCGUAACUUCAAAUGUCAAACUUGUAGUGAAGAUAUGGCUGAAUGUCCUGGUCAUUUUGGUCAUAUUGAAUUGGCUAAACCAGUUUUCCAUAUCGGUUUCAUUGCUAAAAUUAAAAAAGUUUGUGAAUGUAUUUGUAUGCACUGUGGUAAACUUUUACUCGAUGAAACAAAUCCUUUAAUGGCUCAAGCCAUCAAAAUAAGAGAUCCUAAAAAAAGAUUUAAUGCCGUUUGGAAUGUUUGUAAAACUAAAAUGAUUUGUGAAGCCGAUACAGUUAGUGAGGAAGAUCAACAAAAAGGUAUAGAACCAACCGGAAGAGGUGGAUGUGGUCACACCCAACCUACUGUUCGUAGAGAUGGUUUAAAAUUAUGGGGUACCUGGAAACAAAAUAAAAAUUUUGAAGAAAAUGAACAACCAGAGCGUCGUUUAUUAACUCCUGCAGAAAUUUUAAGUGUUUUCAAACAUAUAAGUUCAGAAGAUUGUUUCAAGUUAGGUUUUAAUGAAGAUUAUGCUAGACCCGAAUGGAUGUUAAUAACAGUUUUACCGGUUCCUCCACCUCCAGUUAGACCUUCAAUUGCUUUCAAUGAUACUGCCAGAGGUGAAGAUGAUUUAACUUUCAAAUUGGCGGAUGUUAUAAAAGCAAAUAUUAAUGUACAAAGAUUAGAAAUGGAUGGUUCUCCUCAACAUGUUAUUAGUGAAUUCGAAGCUUUAUUACAAUUCCAUGUGGCAACAUAUAUGGAUAACGAUAUUGCAGGUCAACCUCAAGCUCUUCAAAAAACUGGUCGUCCAAUUAAAUCUAUCAGAGCUAGAUUGAAGGGUAAAGAAGGUAGAUUAAGAGGUAAUCUUAUGGGUAAGCGUGUCGAUUUUUCAGCUCGUACGGUUAUUUCGGGUGACCCAAAUCUUGAUUUAGAUCAAGUUGGUGUUCCAAUCUCUAUUGCAAGAACUUUAUCUUAUCCUGAAAUUGUUACUCCUUAUAAUAUUCAUAAAUUAACUGAGUAUGUCCGUAAUGGUCCAAAUGAGCAUCCUGGUGCUAAAUAUGUUAUAAGAGAUACUGGUGAUCGUAUUGAUUUGAGAUAUAAUAAAAGAGCUGGUGAUAUUGCUCUACAAUAUGGUUGGAAAGUUGAACGUCAUUUAAUGGACGAUGAUCCAGUUUUAUUCAAUCGUCAACCUUCUUUACAUAAAAUGUCUAUGAUGGCCCAUAGAGUUAAAGUCAUGCCAUAUUCCACUUUCAGAUUGAAUUUAUCAGUUACUUCUCCUUAUAAUGCCGAUUUCGAUGGUGAUGAAAUGAAUUUACAUGUUCCACAAUCUCCAGAAACUAGAGCUGAAUUAUCUCAAAUCUGUGCCGUCCCACUACAAAUUGUUUCCGCCCAGUCAAAUAAACCAGUUAUGGGUAUUGUUCAAGAUACUUUAUGUGGUAUUCGUAAGAUGACUUUGCGUGAUAGUUUUAUUGAAUAUGAUCAAGUGAUGAAUAUGUUAUAUUGGAUUCCAAAUUGGGAUGGUGUAAUUCCACCUCCAGCAAUUGUUAAACCAAAGCCUUUGUGGUCAGGUAAACAACUUUUAUCCAUGGCAAUUCCAAAAGGUAUUCAUUUGCAAAGAUUUGAUGAUGGUAAGAACCUUUUAAGUCCGAAAGAUAAUGGUAUGUUAAUUGUUGAUGGUGAAAUUAUGUUUGGUGUAGUUGAUAAAAAAACCGUCGGUGCUACCGGUGGUGGUUUAAUUCAUACAGUUAUGAGAGAAAAGGGUUCUCAAGUUUGUGCUCAAUUAUUUAGUGCCAUCCAAAAAGUUGUUAACUUUUGGUUAUUACAUAAUGGGUUUUCUAUUGGUAUUGGUGAUACUAUCGCUGAUUCUGAAACUAUGAGAACUGUCACUACUACUAUUCAAGAAGCCAAAGAUAAAGUCCAAGAAAUUAUUUUGGAUGCUCAAAGUAAUAAAUUAGACCCAGAACCAGGUAUGACUUUACGUGAAUCUUUCGAACAUAAUGUCUCUCGUGUUUUGAAUCAAGCUCGUGAUACUGCUGGUCGUUCAGCAGAAAUGAAUUUAAAAGAUUUGAAUAAUGUUAAACAGAUGGUUACUUCUGGUUCUAAAGGUUCUUUUAUUAAUAUUUCUCAAAUGUCUGCUUGUGUUGGUCAACAAAUUGUUGAAGGUAAGCGUAUUCCUUUCGGUUUUGCUGAUCGUUCAUUACCUCAUUUUACUAAGGAUGAUUAUUCUCCAGAAUCAAAAGGUUUUGUUGAAAAUUCAUACUUAAGAGGUUUGACUCCACAAGAAUUCUUUUUCCAUGCUAUGGCUGGUAGAGAAGGUCUUAUCGAUACUGCAGUUAAAACUGCAGAAACUGGUUAUAUUCAACGUCGUUUGGUUAAGGCUUUGGAAGAUAUUAUGGUCCAUUAUGAUGGUACAACUAGAAAUUCUUUGGGUGAUAUCAUUCAAUUCGUCUAUGGGGAAGAUGGUAUUGAUGGUACUCAAGUUGAAAAACAAUCGGUUGAUACCAUUCCUGGAUCCGAUGAAAGUUUUGAAAAACGUUAUCGUAUUGAUGUUUUGGAUCCAUCUAGAUCUAUUGCUGAAUCAUUAUUGGAAUCUGGUAAACAAAUCAAAGGUGAUGUUAAAUUGCAAAAAGUUUUGGAUGAUGAAUAUAGACAAUUACAAGAUGAUCGUCGCUACCUUCGUGAAGUUUGUUUCACCAAUGGUGAUUAUAAUUGGCCAUUACCUGUCAAUUUACGUCGUAUUAUUCAAAAUGCUCAACAAAUUUUCCAUAAUGGUCGUCAUAAGGCUUCUGAUUUACGCUUGGAUGAAAUCGUUGAAAGUGUUAAGGACCUUUGUACUAAACUUCUUGUUAUUCGUGGUAAAUCUGAAUUGGUUAAAGAAGCUCAAGAAAAUGCCACUCUUUUAUUCCAAUGUUUAUUACGUUCUAGAUUAGCAUCUCGUCGUGUUAUUGAAGAAUUCAAAUUGAGUAGAAUAUCUUUCGAAUGGGUUUUAGGUGAAAUUGAAACUCAGUUCCAAAAAUCUAUUGUUCAUCCUGGUGAAAUGGUUGGUGUUAUCGCUGCCCAAUCAAUUGGUGAACCUGCUACUCAAAUGACUUUGAAUACUUUCCAUUAUGCGGGUGUCUCUUCCAAGAAUGUUACUUUGGGUGUUCCUCGUCUUAAAGAAAUUCUUAACGUUGCUAAAAAUAUCAAAACUCCAGCUCUUACAGUUUACUUAGAUCCAGAAAUUGCAGGUGAUAUAGAAAAAGCUAAGGUUGUUCAAUCAGCCAUUGAACAUACUACCUUGAAGAAUGUUACUUCAGCAACUGAAAUCUUUUACGAUCCUGAUCCAAGAAGUACUGUUAUUGAAGAAGAUUAUGAUACUGUUGAAGCAUAUUUCGCUAUUCCAGAUGAAAAGGUUGAAGAAACUAUUGAAAAUCAAUCUCCAUGGUUACUUCGUCUUGAAUUAGAUCGUGCUAAAAUGUUGGAUAAACAGUUAACUAUGGCACAAGUUGCUGAAAAAAUUUCUCAAAACUUUGGUGAAGAUUUGUUCGUUAUCUGGUCUGAUGAUACUGCUGAUAAAUUGAUUAUUCGUUGUCGUGUUAUCCGUGAUCCUAAAUUAGAAGAAGAAGGAGACCACGAAGAAGAUCAAAUUUUGAAACGUGUCGAAGCUCACAUGUUGGAAACUAUUUCCUUACGUGGUAUUCCGGGUAUUACCAGGGUUUUCAUGAUGCAACAUAAAAUCAGUGCCCCUGGUCCAGAUGGUGAAUUUAAACAAGGUCAAGAAUGGGUCUUAGAAACUGAUGGUGUAAAUUUGGCAGAUGUUAUGGCUGUUAAUGGUGUUGAUGCUACACGUACAUACUCUAACAAUUUUAUUGAAAUUCUUUCAGUUUUGGGUAUUGAAGCUACUCGUUACGCUUUGUUCAAAGAAAUUCUUAAUGUUAUUGCUUUUGAUGGUUCUUAUGUUAACUACCGUCAUAUGGCCUUGUUAGUCGAUGUUAUGACAUCUCGUGGUCACUUAAUGGCUAUUACUCGUCAUGGUAUUAACAGAGCUGAUACUGGUGCUUUGAUGCGUUGUUCUUUCGAAGAAACCGUUGAAAUCUUAUUAGAUGCAGCUGCAGCUGCAGAACUUGAUGAUUGUCGUGGUAUUUCUGAGAAUGUGAUGUUGGGUCAAAUGGCUCCAUUGGGUACUGGUGCUUUCGAUGUAAUGGUUGAUGAUAAGAUGUUACAACUGGCUAGCUCUAAUGUUGCUGUUGCAUCUGAUGCUGCCGAAGCUGGUGCUUAUGAUGAUGGUGGAGCAACUCCAUACAGAGAAUAUGAAAUGGAAGAUGAUAAUAUUCAAUUCGAAGAAGGUGCUGGAUUCUCACCAAUCCAUACUGCUUCAAUUUCAGAUGGAUCAGGAUCUCUUACAUCCUACGGUGGUCAACCAACUUCUCCUUCUCCAACGUCGCCAUUCUCUUAUGGUGUUUCUUCUCCAACUUAUGGUGGUGCCUCUCCUACUUAUUCUCCUACUUCUCCAAGUUAUUCCCCUACUUCCCCAACCUAUUCACCAACUUCACCAUCAUACUCCCCUACAUCACCAUCAUACUCACCAACCUCACCAAGUUAUUCACCAACUUCCCCAUCAUACUCACCAACUUCCCCAUCAUACUCACCAACUUCCCCAUCAUACUCACCAACUUCACCAACUAUUCUCCAACCUCGCCUGAUUGUUUUUCGAUUCUUAUAAUAUUUUUUCUUUCUUUUUAAAAAAUUGUAUUUUAUUUUAUACACUUCAAUCAGGAAACCGUCUAUUUGUUGCCAAAUGUUCUAUAGAAUGGGUGCCACUUUUUAAAUAAAAACCAUAUAAAAUUU